AUGAUGAGAAAAGCGUUUUUUAACAGACUUCCGUUUGAGGUAUUCCGUAGGUAUGUAAGGACAGGUAAGAGCAUCCCUCAAAGAAGCCCUAGUACUAGGAGAGCUCUGCUGGUAGGAGGUUCAAUCACGUCAGCAGUAGUUCUGUAUAAUUUCAAUGAUACAUUUCAUGACUCUGUUAAGCAUACGGCACUGACGACUAAAAGAGUCGCCGUUGUUACACAAGCUACCACUCGUUGCUUCUAUCAUUACAAGAGGACUCUGAAUAGGACUUAUGAAAACAAGAAAGAGCGGGAAGUGGCCUUGGUCAAAUGUCAUAAAAUGUGUGCUUUGAUCACGUUGCAUGCACUACGAUCGAACGGUGGGAUUUACAUCAAGUUAGGCCAACACAUCGGGGCCAUGACGUACCUGCUGCCUAAAGAGUGGACGGAUACGAUGAUACCGUUGCAAGAUCACUGUCCUGAAUCCACUUAUGAGGAAAUUGACGAAUUGUUUAAAGAGGAUCUGGGCACCAGUAUUGAAGACAUGUUUUGGGAAUUCAACAAAACUCCGAUAGGUGUGGCUUCAUUGGCACAAGUUCAUGUGGCCAAGCUAAAAAGCAGCGACGGUAAAGGCGCUAGUGUAGCUGUCAAGUGUCAACAUCCCUCAUUGAAGGAAUUCAUACCAUUGGAUGUUAUGUUGACGAGAACGGUAUUUGAAUUGUUGGAUGUUUUCUUUCCAGACUAUCCAUUGACAUGGCUUGGCGAUGAGCUUCAAUCAUCCAUCUUUGUGGAAUUGAAUUUUACCAAAGAAGCCGAAAAUGCAGAAAGGACUCGUAAAUAUUUCAGUAAAUUCAGGAAACAAACUGCAUUGAAAAUACCCAAGGUCAUUGAUAGCCACAAGAGAAUCUUGAUUAUGGAAUACGUUGGAGGUAAGAGGUUGGAUGAUCUGGAAUACAUUGAUGGCCACGGAAUCUCACGGGGCGAAGUAUCUAGUUGUCUUUCCCAUAUUUUCAAUAACAUGAUUUUUACACCCAACGUGGGAAUUCAUUGCGACCCUCAUGGAGGCAAUUUAGCCAUACGAUCUGUUAAGCCCGGUAAGGAUAGUGGAUAUCAUAAUUUUGAAAUUGUCCUUUUCGACCACGGACUUUAUAGGUACCCGAGCACAAGGACGAGGAGACUGUAUGCUAAAUUCUGGUUAUCACUACUAUUCGACAAAGACCAAGCAAAGAUGAAGAAAUAUGCCAAGGGCUUUGCCAACAUUACAGACGAACAAUUUCCCCUCCUGGCGGCCGCUAUCACGGGGCGUAGUGUGGAUGCAGCAUUAAAUCAUGACAUUUCCAAGAGUCGGACGCAAGAAGAAAUGGACGUCAUGGCCAGCGGGAUCCUGGAAGGAACGCUGUUGAGCGAUUUGAUGAGCAUCUUGUCAAGGAUCCCCAGUGUGGUGCUGCUGAUCUUGAAGACUAACGAUCUCACAAGACAUCUUGACGAGUGUUUGCAGAACCCGUUGGGGCCAGAAAGAACGUUUUUGAUCAUGACGCAGUACUGUGCCAAGACAGUCUAUGAUGAAAAAAUAGAAAAGAUUGACUUGGAAUAUGGAAAAUGGUCUAUCAAGUGGAUGUGGGCGAACUUCACGAACUGGAUAGUCUACGAGAGGCGCAUCAAUCAAUUGUAUUUUUACGAUUUUGUCCUGUGGUGGAAAAACAUUGUCCCGAAGGCUUGGUUGUCGUCUUGA